ACGUUGUCUGAAAUUCAUAUAUUUCAGCUGUGUUUUGCGUCUUUUUUUUUCAUAAAGACGUCUUAAACAUGACUUAGGGCCCAAAUACACCAGAUGCAUGAUCGUUGCGGUUCCGGUCCGACUCCGGUAAAAAAUAGCGCCGGAGCCAAUCCGUUCCCAUUAUAUCCUAUUGUUCAACGUAUACAGGUGUUCGGCCAUUCCUUACUACGCGGCGAAACGUCCUACACAAUGCUCAGGGCGCUUGCGCAUGCAUUCACACGCAUGCACACAUCGGUUGGAAGCGGCGAGUACUCACUAUUUUUGUUUUUAUUUAGAACCUUUUCACAGCCUCAAAGAUACUUUUUGCAUGUAUUACUCUCUGAUACUUUUAACCAUUGUGUUUUUUUGUGUUAGCUUUGAAGCAGUUGACCACAUUAGUCGAGUAGCGUAUUUAUACCGUCCUUAUUUGAUAUAACUACAUUUAAGUAUUUUCUGCAGGCAUUUUUUUAGUAUGUUAUUCCUAUAUGCAUCUAAACAAAACAAGUUUAGAGCGCACGGUAGUACUUUAGGUGUCAAAUUCGACUAUUUCACCGAUGUAGGAUAUUUUGGCAGAACACCGGCCGCGUCAGUGCUCCGGAUUGCCCGCGGACUAUCUCCGGCGUGCCGCAGCCUGCCGGAUGGUUUAGGCUAUUUUCUAUAGACCCUACUCACAUGACGUCACAACCACGCCCCCGCGGCAUAUUGUCUGUCAACUCGUCACUGUUGAUGCAUUACCGCUACGUAAAUUCCUCCUAUUAUGGCGUGUUUUUCUGCUCGUUAACAUUAAUAAUCAAAAUGGUGAAGGCGUGUGUGGCGGUCGGUUGCAAUAACAGAGAAGAUAGAGGGAGAGACUUGAAGUUCUACCGGAUUCCGAGAGACCCGGAGAGGAGAGCGAGAUGGGCUGCUGCAAUUCGACGCGAAAACUGGGCUCCAAACGAUUACCACAGAUUAUGUAGUAGUCAUUUUAUAUCUGGUAAGAUACAUUUAAUAUAUAUAGAGGGUUUUGGGCUGACAACCACAAUUAAGAUCAUUGCUAGGCUAAUCGCCGACAACAUACACUCAGACGUUGUGAAUGAACUACCUGAAAAUAUAUAAUUAUAAGGGGAUAAUAAGAAAGUUGUCAUACAAUUAAUUUAUAAUUCCACUAUUGAGGUCAAAAGCCAAAAAAUAAAUUUAACUAGGGACAAUCUGGAGUAGUGCUAUCGCACUUCAUGUUUAUUAUAUUACAUAUUAUAUAUGUAUGUAGUGAGAGUGCUAUCGCUAAACCAUAUAAAAAUUAAAAGCCCUAGCUUUAUUGACAAAUGACAUGAAAUACAUUAGACUUGACAGGGGAUGAUAGCAAGAACAAAAGAUUUUGAAUUGAAAAUUUCGUAACCCACCUUCCCGAGCACAAGAUAGAUUCCUGCCAAAUUUUCGUGGACGAGGACCUGUUUCACCCAACCAGCAACGAAGUAUUUAUAAGCCUCCAAGCUCUUAAAGUUUUUCAAACUUUUGUGAGAAUAGGCUGAUUUUGUGUGGACAAGAUAGUUGUAAAUAUCAGGGUAGCAGAUGUCAGGCAGAGACAGCGAAGACAGCGGGUUGAAAAACAUCGAUUUAGGCAUCAAAUAUGGAUCUGGCGAAUGGAUGAACUGAAGCUUUUCCACAUAACGCCUUUUAUGAAACGCAUCCAAUGAGUUUACAGCGUCAGAUAACACCGGGGCUUCCAUGAAUUGCUCUAUAAAUUGCACGACUAAUUGAAACCAUUGAGAAUAGGGCUAAAAAAUGACGGGCAAUAUGGCGGCCGGAUACAGCGACACGUCAUUUUGUGAUAUAGGUGAGUAGGGUCUAUUCUUGCCGGACACGCAUCCGACAAAAUGGGCGGAGCUGGGCCUGGACAUAACAGCCCAGUUGCUUAUUCACGGUUUAAACACCAGCGAACAUGGACGAAGAACGUUUCAUCAUGGAGUUGGAAAGUCACAAAGUGAUAUACGAUGCAGCAGAUCGUUAUUAUAAGGACAGCAUUAAAAGGGAAGCUGCAAGGUGUCCUAUUGUGUGUUUUUCUGGCGAUGAUAUCAAACACACGACGUGCUGACAACUUUGAGCGGAAAAAAAAAAAAGCAGCGUAUCUGGAAGUGGUUCCACCGCAGAAAUUCUCGUGCCCGGCACACACACAAUGUCAGUUUGUAUACAGAGUCGAGGGGGAAAAGUACGAAACCGAAUAAAGAGACACCCACAAGUUUCGACCUGGUGGUCUAUUCAAGACGUUUCUCUUUCUUUCCUACAUUUUACUUGACUUUUCAUUGAACAACCAACAGUUUGCGCUGGGCACAGGAAUCUGCAGUGUUGAGACACCAAUUCCAAGUACGCUGUUUUUUUAGUUCGUGUAGUAUAUAAUUCGCUAUCCAUUUUAUAAAUAUUACAGAUUAUUUAACAGUUGUUUGUAACAGCUCUAUGAGAUGUUAGGUGCCAUAAAUUUUAAAUGUGCACAAAGAUAUAAACCCACCGACACAACCAAGGGCAUAAUAGGGUCCCGCCUCUCUUACCCCCACACACGGAGCCCUGAUCUCAGCAUGAUGCAGUCAAUCUGGAAUUAAGAGACAGACAUAACUAAAAUAUCAAUAUGCCAAGAAAAAAUGUGCUCUCUCUGCUUCUCUGAUGAGUAUAGACUCCGUGUGUUUUUCGUUGUUUUAAAUGGCACAUUAUAGCGCGCGAUCACGCGAGCGCUCAGGAGGGAAUGGAGUUGGCGGACCGCAGCCGUGCGAAGCCAGUAUGAUUGCCUGUUUUUGACGUACUGCGUGGCACGCAGUCAACACUGAACCGGACCGGAACCGCAACAAUCAUGAAUCUGGUGUACUUGGGCCCUUAUUAUUAUCACGAGUCACUGCCGACAGACGCGAGGAGGCGAUACAACUUAAAAUUAGCGUGUAUUGGCCUGCAAAUCUGCCCAUACAAAGUCGGAGCUGAUAGCUGGAUAAACAAUCCAAAGGAAUUGCCUGCAGUGGAGUUCUGAAACAUCUACAACUACCUCAUAAAGUCACCCAAUGUCAGUCACACUCAUCAUCCUGAGGAUCAGGAGUCUGCAUGCAUGAAGGAGGAGGAGGAAGAUGAGUCACCAUACAUCAAGGAGGAGGAAGAGUUCGUGCACGUUAAAGGUUUAAGAAAAUACAUUGGUGCUGAUCAGCAGGAGCCAGUAUCUACUGGCGUUAAAGAGGAUGCUGAGCUCCCCAAAAUCAAAGAGGAGGAGCCAGAGCCCUGUCAGCAGAAGGAACUUCCAAUCAAAAAGGAGGAGGAAGAGCUGUCAUACGUUAAAGAGGAAGAAUGUAUCGCCAGGUCGACAAGUGAGCCCUUGACGAGUGAAGAUGGUCCGAGUGAGUCCAGCAGAGGGGCGGAGUCUCCAAGCGGCAGCAGCACCUUAACAGAAGGAUUGCAAGCAGACAUUUUCAUUGCUCCAUCAAACAGAAAUGGCACCAAUUCACACUCACCUUACAAUGAUGAUAGUCAUAAUAAAUCUCACAGUGAUGACAAACUUUGCAAAUGCUAUCAGUGUGGGAAAACCUUUGCUAACAAGUAUACUCGUCAUACACAUAUGAGGAGCCACACUGGUGAAAAGCCUUUUUCCUGCUCAGGUUGUGGUCAAAGAUUCAGUCGAAAGGGCACCUUACAAAUACACACAAGGACCCACACUGGUGAAAAACCUUUUUCCUGCUCAGUUUGUGGUCAAGGAUUCACUCAGAAGGGACACUUACAAAGACAUGAAAGAAACCACACUGAUGAAAAAUCUUUUUCCUGCUCAGUUUGUGGUCAAGGAUUCACUCAGAAGGGACACUUACAAACACAUGAAAGAACCCACACUGGCGAAAAACCUUUUUCCUGCUCAGUUUGUGGUCAAGGAUUCACUCAGAAGGGACAAUUACAACCACAUGAAAGAACCCACACUGAUGAAAAGUCUUUUUCCUGCUUAGUUUGUGGUCAAAGAUUCAUUCGCAAGAGCAACUUAAAAAUGCACACAAGAACCCAUACUGGAGAAAAGCCUUUUUCCUGCUCAGUUUGUGGUAAAGAAUUUUCUUUAAAAAGCAACCUAAAAAGACAUGAAACAACCCACACUGGUGAAAAUCGGUUUUCCUGUUUAGUUUGUGGUCAACGAUUCAGGCGCAAGAGCACGUUAAAAAUGCACACAAGAACCCAUACUGGAGAAAAACCAUUUUCCUGCUCAGUUUGUGGUAAAGAAUUCUCUAUAAAAGGCAACCUAAAAAGACAUCAAACAACCCACACUGCUGAAAAUCCGUUUUCCUGCUCAGUUUGUGGACAAGGAUUCACCGAAAAGCAAAACUUGCAGAGUCACGAAAGAACCCACACUGUUGAAAAACCUUUUUCAUGCUCUGUUUGUGGUAAAAGAUUCAGUUACAAGAGUGUCUUAAUAAUACACACAAGAACCCACACUGGCGAAAAGCCUUUUUCCUGCUCAGUUUGUGGUCAAGGAUUUACUCAGAAGCAAAACUUAAAAAGUCACGAAAGAACCCACACUGGCGAAAAACCUUUUUCCUGCUCAGUUUGUGGUCAAGGAUUCGCUCAGAAGCAACACUUAAAAAGUCACCAAAGAACCCACCCUGGUGAAAAGCUUUUUCCUGCUCAGUUAGUGGUAAAGAAUUCUCUUUAAAGAGCAACCUAAAAAGACAUGAAACAACCCACACUGGUGAAAAUCUUUUUUCCUGCUCAUUUUGUGGACAAGGAUUCACCGAAAAGCAAAACUUACAAAGUCAAGGAAGAACCAACUCUGUAGGAAAACCUUUUUCAUGCUCUGUUUGUGGUAAAAGAUUCAGUCACAUGAGCACCUUAAAAAUACACACAAGAACCCAUACUGGCAAAAACCCUUUUUCCUGCUCAGUUUGUGGUCAAGAAUUCUCGCAGAAGGGAAACUUACAAACACAUGAAAGAAACCACACUGAUGAAAAGUCCUUUUUCCUGCUCAUUUUGUGGUCAAAGAUUCAUUCAAGAGGAACACUUGAACCAAACCUUAAAAAGACAUGAAAGAUCCAACACUGGUGAAAAACUUUUCCUGAUCACUUUGUGGUCGACGAUUGAAUCACAAGAGCACCUUCAAAAUACACACAAGAACCCACCCUGGAGAACAACUUUUUUCAUGCUCAGUUUGGGGUCAAGGAUUCACUCAAGAGGAACACUUGAAAAGAGAAAAACCUUUUUCCUAUUCAGUUUGUGGUCAAGAAUUGUAUGUAAAAAGCAACCUAAAAGGACAUGAAAGAAUCCACACUGGCAAAAAUCCUUUUUCCUGCUCAGUUGGUGGUCAAGGAUUCACUCGGAAGAAUCAGAUAAAGAGACACGUGUGAGAAGCAGUGGCCAAUGACUGUUUUGCCUUUCAUCCAUGCUGGCUUCAUCAGCUUUUGCACGCAGGACGAAUGUAUUCUGUAGAGCUUCUUUAAGUACUGUUGAGUAUUGGCACUUAUGGUGCCUUUACAUGUGCUUUGUCCAAUCCUUGUAUGAUGUGCAUCCUCCACACUAUUGCCAAAACCUCACCUGAUUGAACUCUCUCAAGUUUAGUGGUAUUAUUUAUGUAAUACUCUCCCUCUGUCAAACUACACUUUUCACAGUUAAUAUUUGAAAAAUUCUAAAUCAUUAAUGGAUAAUAUAAUUAAAUAAAUAUGGAAAAUUACCCUUCAGGGUGAUGGAAUACUCCUCCAAUUAGUGGAGAAGGGCCAGUUUAGAUUAGAGUGGGGAUACAACAAGUGUCUUUUGGCUUUUUAAUCGCUCACCUGCGACACUCCUUUUAUCUACUUCCCCAAUACAUACUUUCAGCAGCAUCUUUUGCAAAACAGUAGACAACUGCCCUCUACAGGCAAAUUCAGAGGAAUCGCUAGCCAGCAAUCCCCUGAACAUUAGUUUGAUAUAAAAUAUUUUAGGUAAUAUGAAUAAGACUGAAUUAGCUUACCGUUUAUAAAUUAGUAGACAUCAAUCCCAAUGUAAGUUGAAGAACAAGCAUUGAGGCAUGUCUUCUAAAGUCAUCCUCUGAAGAGUCUCCAACAUCCAAAUUAUGGGUAAUUAGGUCCUCCAGGAUUACAUGGCAAAUUAUUUGCAGUGACCAGUUAUUUUAAUUGAAAUUGGCUAAAAACAUAAACAUGUCAGAUUUCUGACUACGCUCCAAUUUUCCAGGAAAAAACUCAGUUUCCAAAAAAUACUGUAGUGCAGGGGCCUUAGCAGGUGUGGGCAGUGCCCACCUAUGGACACGCUCUGCCCACCCAAAGAAAACUGGAUGUAGUUUGUUGGAAUUCGCCCCCCCCCCCCGGCCAAGAUGCAUGCAGGAGCGGCGACAGCCCGACGAAGUGGUGCUCCGCUGCUUACCGCUUCUGCGCGCCCCCUGGGAGGGCGGAUAUUCUGCGUGUUCUCUUCCUAACCCGAAAGCAGAUUGACAAUUUAUUCGUCGACAAUGGUCAAAAAACAAGGCAAAAACAGACGACGGAGGGACAAUUCUGGAUCCAAAACAAGGCUACAUAGAAAAUGUUUCCGAGCAGCAAAUCUGUGUUAUCUCAGUGUCCAGUGUUUUUUAAGUCCGUGGUGCAGGAGGCCGGGCCGAAGGUGUGUCCGGGCGUUGCUUUUGGGACCUUCCCUCUGUGUCCGGUUUAGGUUCUUGCGUGGAUGGGAGGUGGUUGCCACAGUGACCGACGCUGGUCUUGACGUCCCAAGCGCCCGCUAUCAACUUUGUUAUCCGGGCUGGCGCUACUUGUUUUAGGACAAAGCGCGCUGGUCUUUGUCCUUGUUCGUUGUUGGGAGAACUGAUUGCCAGAGUUGGUGCGUCAAUCUUGCUCGCACACGGUGGGCUUCUGUGAUAAGAUGGCGUUGUGUAUCUAUUCUGUUUCUUUAAACUAUGGUGUGCUAUCUAUUUUACAUUAGGUGUGUUAGAGUAGUGCAGUCCUACAGUAAAUAUGAGAAAUGAUAUUAUUCCCUGAUUAAUUAUAUUACGUGUGUUCAAGUAAUGCAAACAGACGGUGCCUACGAGAAACGGUAACAUUUUUCCUUUUCCCCCUCAUGAGCGCCGAUAAGGUGAUUCACUUUAUUGUGUUCAAGGGCACGGAGUGAAGUCUGCCUAAACUAUAGUUAGAUGAAUAUGUUAGACUAAUGCAAACAAUUAUAUGGUGUGUGUGAGAACGGUACCAAUUCCCUUCAAGUACUAACGGCAGUCUGGGCACCGCGUAUGGUAUCCCAUUCAUAUAGUACUGAUGUGUUCUAAGUUUUAACCUUUGCGUUGUUACCUCCUCUUUCACCUUUAAAGGAAAAAAAAUGAAAUUAAAUGUUUGUUCCUAGGGGGCGCGACACACAUUUACACAUAUUUUUAUUUAUUAUUUUUAUUAUUAUUAUUUUUUUUUUUUUUUAAUACAUUUUAUCAAAGUUUUCAACAGUGUUAACCUGGCUGUUGAGUUUGGUGAGUUUUUGAAGCAUUCUGAGGGGGUCAAAGUAGGGCUCAAAGCAUCGGCGGGACAAAGAAAGACUGCUAGGGGGCGCUACAUAGUGUAUUUGGAAUUUGUCUUUACAUGGUAUCAAAGAUUGCUCGCGUCUUGACCUGCCUGCCCAUUUUGGUGCAUUUUGAAGCAUUCUAAUGGGGUCAAAUUGAGCUCAAAGGAGCUGCGGAACAAAGAAUAACUAAAAUAAUAAUAAUAAAACUGAGCAACCACAAUAGGUUACCGGAAAAAAACAUCGUCACCUGCAUGUCCAUAUUGUUCAGUUAUGAAUGUGUUCUAAGUCAAAUAAAAUCAACUUUUAUUUGUUUAGAGUACCAAUUUACAACAACAGUUAUCUCAAGGAGAAAACAUGUGCAGUAGCCGUAUGCUGGAUUUCGACCUACUUGAGCAUUGUAGCC